CUGCUCUUCCUGCGGCCACAAAGAGCGGUCCUAGUGCCCUCCAUGUAUCCUAACCGCCAUUCAACAAACAAAGAAGACGAGCGACGAAGCCAAGUUGGAAGUGGUCCAUUGAAAAGUUGAUAGGACAACCUCCUGUACUGUAGAAUGUAGUAUGGACCACAGGACAGGACGAAGAAGUCCCGUUAAGAAACAGUGGAGGCUUAAGAUGCUCUACUAGUCUGCUGGAAAUCCAAAGAAGACGAAGGAGUAAAAAGCAAGAUGGCGUUUGACGGAGAAGGCCUAAACGUGGCCACUGGCCAUUAUUGUUUCUCUAUUUGUAUUUAGUGCAUACAUGUACGCAUAUAUGUGUCGUGUAGUAGAUGAAACAUUCUUAGUCAUUGUUUGUAUCCGGAUACAUUAGUCUGAGCGCACUUUAUCGCCUCUUGUGCUAGUUAGCUUAGCUUGUUAGCUGCUAACAGAAGACACAGAAGUUAUCAACACAUCGCUAAGUAGAGAUCAAGUGUGAGAGUAAAGUGUUGUGAUUGUGUGAAAAUGUGCCAAAGAAGGAUAGCAAAGUAUGAGGAGGAACUUUGUCCAACAAAAGAGGAGAAGGAGCGACAACAUCAACUACUGGACGCUGUUUUCAAGAAACAUCAAAUUGUGUUACACAGAACAGAUGUCCAGCAGCCCCCUCACAUUAAAGAGGAAGAGGAGGAUCCACAACCCCCCACAUUAAAGAGGAAGAGGAGGAUCCACAUCCCCCUCACAUUAAAGCGGAAGAGGAGGAAGUGUGGAUCAGUCAGGAGGGAGAGUGUCCUGUAGGGCAGGAGGAGGCUGAUGUCAGCAAGUUUCCACUGACUGUUGUCUCUGUGAAGACUGAAGAGCAUGAAGACAAACCACCUGAGUCCUCACAGCUUCAUCACAGUCCAAACGUCCAGCAGGUGUCAGCAGAGAGUCAUGAAGAGAUUCCCUCCAAGCAGCAGGAGUGGAGCUCCAGUGUGGGACAGAAGGAGCGACAGGCCCCCUCCCACAUUAAAGAAGAAGAGGAGGAACUGUGGAAGCAGCUUCAAAUGUUGGUGGAGGAUAAUGAUGAAGACGAGGCUCAGUCCUUACAGCUUCAUCACAGUCAAAGUGAGGAGAACAGAGGGGCGGAGCUUGUAAGUCAACACAUCACAGAAGCUGAUGGAGAGCAUUGUGAAGAUAUAAAGUCAGAACCAGACAGCAUCUUUGCUCCACUGUCAGACAUGGACCACAUGAUGUCACACUCUUCUGAUCACAGUGACCACAUCCAAAAACCUUUGGAGAGUAAAAACGACUCUAAAGGUGAUACGAGACAUCACACUAACAACAAACACUUUGACUGCUCUGAAUGUGGGAAAUCAUUUAGACACAAGAGUAAUUUUACAGUACACAUGAGAAUACAUACUGGAGAGAAACCUUUUACUUGCUCUGUUUGUAAGAAGAGUUUCUCCACAAAGCAACACAUGACGAUACACGUGGGAAAACACACUGGAGAGAAACCUUUUACUUGUUUUGUUUGUAAGAAGAGUUUCUCCACAAAGCGUAACAUGACCACACACAUGAGAACACAUACUGGAGAGAAACCUUUUACUUGCUCUGUUUGUAAGAAGAGUUUCUCCAGAAAGCUUGACAUGACCACACACAUGAGAACACACACUGGAGAGAAACCUUUUAUUUGCUCUGUUUGUAAGAAGAGUUUCUCCAUGAAGCUUGCCAUGACCAUACACAUGAGAAGACAUACUGGGGAGAAACCUUUUAUUUGCUCUGUUUGUAACAGGAGUUUCUCCAGAAAGUUUGACAUGACCACACACAUGAGAAUACAUACGGGAGAGAAACCUUUUACUUGCACUGUUUGUAAGAAGAGUUUCACUAUAAAGACUGUCAUGACCAGACACAUGAGAAUACAUACUAGAGAGAAACCUUUUACUUGCUCUAUUUGUAAAAAGAGUUUCUCCAGAAAGCCUAACAUGUCCACGCACAUGAGAACACAUACCGGAGAGAAACCUUUUACUUGCUCUGUAUGUAAGAAGACUUUCUCCAGAAAACAAAACUUGACAGCACACAUGAGAACACACACUGGAGAGAAACCGUUCAGAUGAACUGUGUGUGAUAAGAUGUUCCGGGUUAAGUAUAAAGUCAGUAAACACAAGUGUGUAACAGUCACGGAAGCUGCAGGAAUUUAAAAACACUUAAACAGUGAUUGUGCAAAAUUUACUUUAUGGACACAGCAUGGUUAAUAUGAAUGUAUAUUUGAUGUUGUAUGUAAUGCUUCUCAUCUUCUACUGUUAUAUGUUGUCCUGGAAUUACUUUUUAAAGGCCUACUGUAAUGAGAUUUUCUUAUUUAAACGGGGAUAGCAGGUCCAUUUUAUGUGUCAUACUUUAUCAUUUCGCGAUACGGCCAUAUUUUUGCUGAAAGGAUUUAGUAGAGAACAUCGACGACAAAGUUCGCAACUUUUGGUCGCUAAUAAAAAAGCCUCGUCUGUACCGGAAGAAGCAGACGAUGUGCGCGUGACGUCACAGGUUGUGGACUCCCUCAAAUCCUCACAUUGUUCACAAUCAUGGCCACCAGUAGCGAGAGCGAUUCAGACCGAGAAAGCGAUGAUUUCCCCAUUAAUUUGAGCGAGGAUGAAAGAUUCGUGGAUGAGGAAAGUGAGAGUGAAGGACUAGAUAAAAUGAACAAAAUAAAGACUAUUCAGUGAGAGCGAUUUAGAUGUUAUUAGACACAUUUACUAGUAUCAUUCUGGGAAAACCCUUAUCUGCUCAUUGUGUUACUAGUGUUUUAACGAGAUAAUAUGGUCAUACCUGUACAACUUGAAGGUCGGCCCCGCACCUUUCUUCAGCACCAGUUGACGGGUGGUGGCGAUGCCCAUCUCUGCCAUUCGCAAGGGACCCUCUUCGAAACACGAUCUUUCGAAAUGAUCGCUGCAUAAUACACUGUACUUUGUGUGUGUGGUCUAAUCCAACCGUGUUCGCUUGACAUCUGUGUUCCAUAGUAAAGCUUCACCGUCAUCUUUCGGAAAUGUAAACAAGAAAACACCGGCUGUGUUUGUGUUGCUAAAGGCGGCUGGAAUACACCGCUUCCCACCUACAGCUUUCUUCUUUGACGUCUCCACUAUUCAUUGAACAAAUUGCAAAAGAUUCAGUAACACAGAUGUCCAGAAUACUGUGGAAUUAUGCGAUGAAAGCAGACGACUUAUAGCUAGAAUCGGUGCUGGAACAAAAUGUCCUUUACAAUGCGUGACGUCACGCGCACGCACAUCAUACCGCGACGUUCCAGCAGGAUGGUUCGGCGCAAAUUUAAAAUUGCAAUUUAGUAAACUAAAAAGGCCGUAUUGGCAUGUGUUGCAAUGUUUAUAUUUCCAUCCAUCCAUCCAUUUUCUACCGCUUAUUCCCUUUUGAGGUCGCGGGGGGCGCUGGCGCCUAUCUCAGCUACAGUCGGGCGGAAGGCGGGGUACACCCUGGACAAGUCGCCACCUCAUCACAGGGCCAACACAGAUAGACAGACAACAUUCACACUCACAUUCACACAUCAUUGAUAUAUAAACUAUCAGACUGCGUGGUCGCUAGUAGUGGCUUUCAGUAGGCCUUUAAGUUGUGUGCAUUUAUUGAAUAUCAUAUAUGUAGUUACUAUUUUUUUUUCUUCUCAUCUUUGAAGAGAGGAUAAGUUAUUAUUUCCAUUAGGGGUGUUGUUGUUUCUUAUAAAUCCACACAUUUUUUUUAUUUGAUUUUAUUGAUAUUAUUAUUCAAUUAAAAGUAAGGAUGAACAAAAUUGCUAUUAAAAUGUGGAUUAGCAG